AUGUUGAGAUGUUUUGAGUCUCAAGUUAUCCAGAAUGAUUAUAGGUCUGUGUACUUGCUAUACAGUUUUGGAGCUCUUGGUCAUGUAGACGGCCACAUAGCCAUUGCAGAAGCAGAAAAACGUCUCGCUGCCAAAGGUCGCCGACUGGUUGUCAUAACGCAGAACAUAGACGAGCUACACAGGAGAGCUGGAUCCACAGAGAUCUUAGAGCUCCAUGGAUCGCUCUUUCGUACACGCUGCACCAACUGUCUUGAAAUUUUGGCCAAUAGGACAGUCCGAUUGUCCAGCACUGGCAGGAAAGGAGCUCCUGACCCUAAAGCUGAGGAUGCCAGAAUUUCGGAAGCAGAUUUACCGAGGUGCAAGGCGUGCUCCGGGCUGCUGCGACUUGUAGUGUGGUGUGAAGGCCUAGACCCUGCAGUGUUGGCAAAGACAGACAGAGAACUGGACUCCUGUGACCUUUGCUUGGUGGUGGGUACCUCGUCUGUCGUCUAUCCAGCUGCCAUGUUUGCGCCCAGUGUUGCUAGCCGAGGUGUUCCUGUGGCAGAGUUCAACUUGGAAUCAACACCAGCCACUGAUGCUUUUGGAUUUCAUUUUGAAGGACCAUGUGGCACAACGCUCCCUGUUGCCCUUGCACCCUAAUGCAGAAUGUAACAAGUGAAAUAGUUUUGUCCAUCAGACUCCUCAGAAUAUAAAUCAUCCUUAAGCAGUAAUAGCUUAUUCUACUGCUUAUUAUGCAGACAACUAGUAAACAUUGAUUUACACUAGGACCUACAUAUCCUUCUAUGGUGUAUAUAAUUAUGGAGACCUGAGAUCCAGGGUUAUCAGAGAGUCACUAGCCAGUGGAUUCCUCCCAGCAGCAGAAUUGGCGAAUCUCCCCUUUCCCAUGAGGGGAAAAGCUCAAGAGAAGGCAUAGCAUGCUGCCCCAUCUGGAAACUUGUAUCUCGUUCAUGGGAGUAAAAAGGCAUAAAUACCCCCUUGAAGGCUGUCAUAAGCAGUGCUUGGCUUGGGCUCAUGGGCUCUGCUCAAACCUGUGUAGCUCACGUGGGUUUUAUUUUAUUAUAUUUUAAAUUGGUUUACUCUUAAAGCUGUUGUCAUUUCCCAGGUUUAUGGCAUGGUGAAUAUAGACCAGAUUCAAGAGCUGAGUUUAAUAAGUGUGAAGAGAGAGGAGUCAUAGUGUGGUCUGUUUGUAAAUAAAUAUAUUUCAUUUU